GGCGGUUCAGCUCUGGUCCUGGAGUCUUAGCCGCGGCUGGCUCCGCAGCCCUCUGGAGAAGCUGUAGGCUCCGCUGGGUACCGGCUGCAGCCGCCGACUGUUCACUACGAAAAACGUUUUGUUUGGUUCUUGUUUACGCUUCACGCCAGGGCCGGGAAGAAAAGAAACAGCGUUUCCUGAAGCCUCGCAUCUCAAAAUUGCUUCUAUGGAAGUCAAAGGUAAAAAAAAUUUCACAGGAAAGGGUGGAAAGGCAUCACAAGGGAAAAAAAGAUUUAAAAAGGACAAUGAUUCUAAAUCUCCAAAGAAGUUUCCAAGUAAAGGUGAUGAAGGAGGAGGACCUAAAUUCAGCUCCAAAAAGUUUGAGAAAAGUAAUACACUGCCUGGGAAAACAGGCCUGAAACAACUCAAGAAUAAGCAGCAAGGGGACAUGUUGCCUAAGAAAAUUAGCACCAAACAGUUGAAGAAUAAACAAGAUGUAGAUAUGUUGCCCAAGAAGACUGGUCUGAAACAGUUGAAUAAACAGGAGGGGAACAUGUUACUCAAGAAAACUGGAACAAAACAGUUGAAGAACAAACAAGAAGGAGACAUGUUACCCAAGAAAAAUGGUGCGAAACAAUUCAAGAAUAAACAGGAGGGGGACUUAUUACCCAAGAAAACUAACCUGAAACAAUUCAAAAAUAAACAAGAAAGAAACAGGUUGCAAACAAAAAGAAAGUUCCAACCCGAGGGCAAAAGUGAAGAGACAGCCGCUAAGAAACCCAAGUGGGAUGACUUGAAAAAGAAAAAGAAAGAACUAAGGCAGAGCAGACAACUCAAUGAUAAAAGCAACUAUGACACCGUUUUCAAGGCAAAGCAAAUUUGGGAAUACCUGAGAAGGAAAAAUUGUGACAAAGCAAAAAGAACAAAGUUGAUGAGUGAAUUACAGAAGUUAAUUCAGGGCAAGAUUAAAAGCAUUGCAUUUGCACAUGAUUCAACUCGUAUUAUCCAGUGUUACAUUCAGUAUGGUAAUGAGGAACAAAGGAAAGAAGCAUUUGAAGAAUUAAAAGAGAAUUGGGUUGAAUUGAGUAAGGCCAAAUAUUCCAGAAAUGUUGUUAAGAAAUUUCUCAUGUAUGGAAAUAAAUCACAAAUUGCAGAAAUAAUAAAAAGUUUUAAAGGCCAAGUGCGGAAGAUGUUGCGUCAUGCAGAAGCAUCAGCAGUUGUUGAAUAUGCUUACAAUGACAAAGCAAUUUUGGAACAACGAAACAUGCUGGUAGAAGAACUCUAUGGAAAUACAUUCCAGCUUUACAAGUCUGCAAUUCACCCAACUCUGGAAAAAGUGUUAGAGGUACAGCCUGAUAAGCAAGAGGCUAUUAUGGAUGAAAUGAAACAGAUUCUUACACCAAUGGCUCAAAAAGAAAUGGUAAUUAAACAUUCACUGGUACAUAAAGUGUUCUUGGACUUUUUUACCUUUGCACCUCCAAAACUCAGAUCAGAAAUGAUUGAAGCAAUCAGAGAAGCUGUAAUAUAUCUUGCACAUACACACGAUGGAGCUAGAGUAGCCAUGUACUGUCUGUGGCAUGGCACACCAAAGGACAGAAAAGUUAUUAUUAAAACAAUGAAGACUUAUGUUGAAAAAGUAGCCAGUGGUGAAUAUUCUCAUUUAGUUUUGCUGGCAGCAUUUGAUUGUGUGGAUGAUACUAAGCUUAUGAAACAAAUAGUUAUGUCGGAAAUCAUCAACUCCCUGUCGAAUAUAGUGAACAACAAAUAUGGAAGGAAAGUUCUGUUGUAUUUACUGAGCCCUAGAGAUCCUGCCCAUCUUGUACCUGAGAUCAUUGAAGUUUUACAGAAGGGUGAUGGAAAUGCACAUAGUAAGAAAGAUAAUAUAAUCCGCCGUAAAGAACUCUUGGAGUCUAUUUCCCCAGCCCUGUUAAACUAUAUGCAAGAGCAUGUCCAGAAAUUGAUGACAGACAAAUCAACGUGUGUUUUUGUUGUUAAUGUUCUGGGAUCUGCUAUUGGAGAUGUUCAACCCGUUAUGGAUACCAUUGCCAAAUUAGCUGCUCCUGAAAUGAUUCCUGGUGGGAAGGAUGGAGAGCUCCACUUGGCAGAACAUCCAGCUGGACAUCUAGUUCUGAAAUGGUUAGUAGAACAAGAUGAAAAAAUGAAAGAAAAUGGAAGAGAAGGUUCUUUUGCCAAAACAUUGGUAGAACAUGUUGGUGUCAAAAAAUUGAAAAGUUGGGCAGGAGUUAAUCGGGGUGCUAUUAUUCUUUCUCGUCUGCUCCAAAGCCCUGAUCCAGAAGUGGUAAAUAAAAUUAAAUCUGGACUGAAAAGCCUCAUCCCCACAUUGGAAAAAGAGGAAAACAGCAAAGGCAUGACUACUUUACUUGAGAAAUUAAGAGCUUAAUUGGAAAAUAAUAAUGAAGAAUAAGAAUCACUUUUCCUGGUGAUUCAGAUGAAGGGUACCAUCCAGUUUGGUUGUUGGGAGGAGCCUUUUAUAUAAUAUAUAUAUUUAUAUAUAAAUGUUUUUUGUAGAAAUGUCUAUUUCUAAAAUAAAUAGUUUCUAAAAUAUAAA